AUGGACAGAGCCAGUCACAACUUUGGAACCAUUGAGGAUCUUCGGGCCAACGCCAACCUCACUGCCAACUACUUGGUCGGGCCAGCGGGGAACCAGACUGCCCAUUUCGAGACAGCUUUCGAGAAUGCAUACCUCAAACGCCUUGCAGGCUUCGCAGUUUCUGUAACGGAUAUCUUCGGUCAGUUUUACCGACAGUAUCUGCCAGCGUCCUGGGGCUAUAAGAGCGUUUCCGAUGUCGCCAACCCCAACACGACCUUCUCCCAGGGACUUGCACCGAUGCCGAUAGUCCUCCUUGCCGAGGUUGUCCCAGGCUCCUCUCCUGAGGUGGGCGGAAUCAUGUAUCCGGGAGUCAACUCGAGCAACUUGACCAUGUACGAGCAAACGCCGUUCGAAUUCGGCAGCUGGGUCGGAGGGCGUGUGCAAGCCUUUAUGCCCACCAAAUUCCUCGGCACUGCCAUGAACAAUGGAACGCCAGCGAACUCGAGUCAUUGCGUGAACGGCUUCGACAAGGUCACGUUUGCGCAGGGCAGCACGGGCGGUGCCUGGAACUUUUGGUUCAUUGACGCCUUCUACAAUAUCGCCCUCUUUUACAAGCGGGACAGAGUACCUCCCCUCGAGAGGCGGUCCACACUCGCGGACACGCCCUCGAUUCCUAUUCCUCAAAGCCAAAGCCAGAAUCCACAGGUCGUGCUGGUCAAUGAGACCGCUACGGUGUUCAAUCAGACGUUCAACGAAUCCAUGUGGGGCACAUACCCCAACCCCUUCAACAACUACAAUAAGCAAAUGCAAGGAGAGACUGAGCUCCUGAUUGUCGACGGCAGUGAAACAGGCGAGACGAUCCCUCUAAGGUCUCUAGUCGUGCCGCAAAGAAGCGUUGAUUUCAUCCUCGCCUUUGACUCCAGCGGGGAGAACCCGGGCAAUAACUGGGUUAACGGCACGACCUUUAGGAUGAGCGCAGCUGCAUCGAAGCUCAAUGGGAUACCCUUCCCAGAAGUCCCUGAUCCUGCGACCUUUAUCAAUCUGGGCUUGAAUCGAUAUCCUACAUUCUUCGGCUGUAACGCUUCCGCAUCCACGCCGCUGAUCCUCUACCUCCCGAACGCGCCGUGGUCGGCAUACUCGAACUACUCGUACACGGUCCCGUCCUUCACCGACAACCAACUGGACCUGGUCUUCAACAACUCUCUCAACAUGGUAACUUUCGGGCUGGGGAAACUGGAUGGUGUGCGCAGUGGAGGGAAGAACGCAACACUAUCACCAACGCCACCAUUCCCGGCCUGUAUCGCCUGCGGCCUCAUCUACAAGUCCCUGCUCCGGAUUGGUGAGACGAUCCCCGCAGCAUGCCAGGCUUGCUUUGCCACGCACUGCUGGAAUGGCUCGACGGCGGACAGCCCAGCGACGCCGGUGUAUGAUCCGGGUCUGUUGAUGGAGCCGGGCGUUGGGUAUGAGGAGUGGAAUGCGACUGUUUGGACAUGAUCGGUGGAGUAAGCAGCCAUAUAAGGCCCCAUCGUAAACACCAUUAUUUCCGAGCCGUUGGAUCUGGUGGUUUACAGUCUGAUAUCAUCUAAAACAAACAUGGUUAUGCUCCCGUGGCGAUGAUGCCUC